AAACUUAAAAUAUUUAAAUUUCUAGGAAAAUAAAGUUUGAAUUUUACAAUCAUCUUGAAAUAUUAUCAAGGAGUUUAAACCCUAUUAAAAAAAUGGUGAGUACUAGGGUUAGUGCGAGAGGCGACACAACUUGGGGUAGCGGUAGCUUCCAACGAUGGCAAGGGUACAACCAGAGGAUCGUGGAGUAUGGGAACUGGAGAAAGGGACAGGUGGAGCCAUUUUUCUUUUAUAAUUUUUCAAAGAGUUGGGAUGUAAAGGCUCUGUGGCACCGUUUUCAGGAGUGUGGAAAGGUUGUUGAUAUGUUUGUGCCAAGGAAAAGGGAUAAUUGGGGGAAACAUUUCGGCUUGGUUAGGAUGGAAGGGGUGCAAGAUGUGAAACAAGUGGAGGAGAGGCUUAAUAGGAUAUGGCUUGGAUCCUAUAAGCUGAGGGUCAAAAUAGUGACUGAUAGAGGGCAGCAAAGGAUGGGCACUCAGAGGAAUGCUGGGAUGAAGGUUAAUAUUAGAGAGCAGAGAUUUGUCCAACCAGGGAAGUCAUAUGUCCAGGCUGUUAUGGGUUAUUCCUCGAGGGCAGGGGCUGCUCAGGCUCAGAAUAAGAAGGUAGGAGGGCAGCCAAGAGUUGAAGCAGUGGACAGGGUUUCUAUCAAUCAGGUGAUGCCAGCCACCCUUGGGGUGAGAGGUUCAGAUGAUAAGAUGGGUGGUGUUAUGGUGGAGAAUAAUGGGGAGGAAAUUAUAGAGUUUUUUCCAUUGCAUGAGGAAACGCAGUGGCUAGAGGGGAGUAUGGCAGUAGUGGUAAGGUCGAUGUUAGUGAUAUCUACUAUUCAAGAGAGAAUAGAUGUGAAUGGAGGUUUGAUCAAGAUCUCACCAUUGGGAGGACAGAGUUUAUUGUUAACUGAGUGUUUGAAGGGUUACUUGAGUGAGUAUUUGCAGCAAAACAAGGUCUUAUUUGAUCUUUGGUGUGAGGCUAUUUAUCCUUGGGCAUUGGCGCCUCAGCAUGGUGCUCGAAUGGUAUGGAUACGAAUAUCUGGAGUCCCAUUGAAAUCAUGGUGUGAUCGAUGCUUUGAGAAGAUAGCAAGUUCUGUUGGGGAAGUGUUAAAGGUGGAGGAGGAGAUGUAUGAGAUUAGGCUAUCGGAGGAAGAAUGGCGUGCCGACUCAAACUGGUGGUUAGAUGAUGAAGAUCGACAGGGAGCAUCGACAACAGAAUCGAAAUAUUCCUCAUCGGUAAAUGGUGAGGAAGAUCACGAAUUGCAUUAUGUCGAGAUUCAUGGCGUUGAUGAAGAUGCUAUUGAUGAGGAACAGUUACAUGAGGAGGGGAGUUUGAAUUUAAAUCAGGAAGUUGUACAGGCCGGCAAGGAAGUUGUAAGAGAGGAGGAAAAUGGGCUAGAUAGGCCUGGUAUCGAAAUGGGCUUGUUUGAGGUUUCGAAAGAAGGGCUGGAAGCUGAGUUUGGGUUGUUGCCGUGUGUCAGCGGGUCUGCAAUGGAUUCCAUAGAGAAAAGAAGAAAAGAUCUAAAAGAUUGUUACCCACAAGAACAAGUAGCUAAUUGCAAAGAUGGCACUCAAUGGGUUACUAGCGGAACCAUGUUACGGACACAUCAGAAACUACAGCAGGUGGUGGCGAUGCUAGCAAAGCGAAUUGGAAGCUCCUCGCGUCGGAUGGGUGCAUAGUUCACAGAAAUCAGGUUAUUCAAAGAGAGAUGAAUCUACAAGAGAUAAGGAGGAUUAUUAAUGUAGGUAAAAGAUUGGGUAUUUAAUUGCAAGAUAAUGAAGAAGAGGUUCAGUC